CCUCAUUUCCAAAACCCAACGGUCAAAAAUCACGCUCUCCUCCGACGUGCGACGGUGAAAGCAGCCCUCUUCCCUCUUGUCCCCUCUCUUCAAUUCCUCAACCUAUGAUCUCUCUGUCGCCGUUAGUCGUGGUAGGUUGCUUGAUUCUUGACCCUUUGUUAAGGGUUCUGCCGAUCAUUCAGCAACUUUUGCGUGGAAAUAACUUGGGUCACAAAAAGGGAUAAUUUGAAUACAUUAGCAUUUUCAGGUGAACAAUGGCUAGUUUUAAGCUGUUGUGCUUACUAUGUCACUGACUAGUGGCUGGAAGGUAUGAUUUAUAGUCAAGCCAAGGACUCAAGGGCAUUUAUGUAAACUGCUUCUUGUCAUUGUUUACGUAAUGGGUCAAAAGGGAAAAGGUUGCCCUCUUCACUUUUGUUUUCAGGCCAUCUAGCCGGAGAUCCAUUAGCCAUUUCUUUAAGGAAUAUUCAAUUAGUCAAUCUGUUUUAUUUGGUUCUGUUUUCUUAUUUGAUUACUUACUAAUGGGUUCUAUUGAUUUGUGCAAUUCACCAAUCACCUUGCUUAAAGGAGAGAUGAUUUAAAUGAAGCCGAUUGGGACUU